AUUAACAGCCAAUCCGGUGCACAGCGUCAACACUGGUUGCGUGAAAACAUGGCGGAGAAAGAGGAAGAAGUCUGCUUCAAAAAGGAAACCGUGAGCAAACUCCUGUGCAGUUUCUUUAAAGAGGACAAAACCAGAUUAGGCAGUGAUGCUACGCUACUCAUGAGAGAAAUGCUGAAAGUGUUUGUGCAAGAGGCUGCUUUGAGAUCGCUGAAACAAGCUGAAGCUGAGGAUUGCAACCAAGUUGAGAUUGAGCAUUUUGAAAAGAUCCUGCCUCAGCUGCUUCUGGAUUUCUAGUUGAGCCACAAGAUGGAGCCAGAGGGCAGCUAACAAGUUGCUACAAGCUUUUGCUUUUGAGAUUUGUUUUUUUCUUCAGUAAAAAUACCUUCCAAAUUAAAUCUGAGGUUACACUGAUA